AUGAAGCAUACAAGGCAUGAGGAUGUACUAAAAGCAUUGCAACUUAUUGAUGAGAUGGUUGAUAAGGAUGUACCAAUAAACAAAGGAUUUUGCCAAAAAGGUCAUAAGGAUGUACUAAAAGCAUUGCAACUUAUUGAUGAGAUGGUUGAUAAGGAUGUACCAAUAAACAAAGGAUUUUGCCAAAAAGGGUUGCCAGACGAAGCAUACAAGGUAUUUAGAGGAAUCGAAGAGGGUGGAUGUUUAUUAGAUGCUUAUUGUUAUAAUGUGAUUAUUCAAGGGUCUCUCAGGCAUAAGGAUGUACCAAAAGCAUUGCAACUUAUUGAUGAGAUGGUUGAUAAGGGAUUCUUUGCAGAUGCUACCACCACUGAUUUAAUUUACAUUUAUCGCGCAAUAACCAUCUCAUUUUGA